AUGAUUCGGACCGUAUUGUUACUGUGUGUGUUAGGACUGGCGGCGGCGUCGCCCGCGCUAGUGAGGAGCCGAGAGGAGGUUGAAUCGUUUAGGAACUUCUUAGAGAGUACCAAAACCAAUGAUGGGAACAACUUCCUGGCUCGCACGAAGCAGUCUCCGUUUUCCAAUCCCGAGGAAAACAGCGGCAAGUUCCAAGGUGAUAUAAUCUUGGAUGACUUCAUGAUUGAAGACAUGGUACAAGGUUACGCCGUGGGUAGAAACGCUUACAUCUUCCCCGACACUCACUGGCCAAAUAACACUGUUGUGUGGCAGUUCGGAGAAGGUGAAUUUGGUCCUCUACAGCAACAAGCCAUUAAGGAAGGAAUACAAGACAUAGAAAAUCACACUUGUAUUAAGUUCCGCUACCGGGAGCCAGAAGACACUGUCUUUGUAAAUGUUACUGGUGGAGCAGGAGGUUGCUAUGCUCACGUAGGUUACUGGCAACCUCGCGGGGUUCACACGUUGAACCUAGCUCGCAACCUGCCCGGCGUUGGUUGCUUCAGACACGCGACUAUAGUGCACGAGUGGAUGCACAUACUCGGCUUCAUGCACAUGCAUUCCACUUACAACAGAGACGAUUACGUGGACAUCAUUGAAGAGAAUGUUGUACCUGGUAUGUUCCAUAACUUCGAUAUCUACACCUCGGAACUCGUGAGUAACAAUGGUAUUGAAUAUGACUACGUCAGCUGUCUCCACUACGGACCAUUCGCGUUCUCAGUCAAUGGUGAACCAACUAUUGUACCUAAAAAGGAAUUCGAAGGUACAAUGGGUCAAAGAGUUUUCAUCACUGAGAAGGAUUGGCUUAGAAUCAACAGGCACUAUAAUUGUUCCGGGGCUUGGGAUGAAGAGGAAGAAGAUAUAAAAGAAAGUAGCGAACAAGAAGAAGAUGAUGAUGAACAAGAACCGGAGAUUGAAAUAGUAGAAGAUAGUGGAGAAGAUGACGAAGAAUAUGGAGAAAACGGAGAAGUUCUGGACGUAGAUGAAGAAGAUGAAGAAUUAAUCAAACGAUUGAUAGCAGUACAGCUGCUACAGAUGAAGAAAUAG